AUGGGCGGGGCGGGGUUGGUUGAUGGCUCCAACUUUCUGAUGAUUAGACGCCUGAGCUCCUUGUGCAUGCUUUGGAGAUGGUAUCAGCAGUUGUUAAAGUCGCUGUUCAGCAAUGCCGAGUACGACGAAGAAGACAAGGAGGCAGACGUGGUCUACGACAAGAUCGACGUCAAAAUGGACCAAAGGCGACUGAAGCAGCGCGAGAAGAAGAUGCGCGAGCAGAUCAAGGAGCUUCGUGCCGCAAAGCCGACGAUCCAGCAGCAGUUUGCGGACCUGAAGCGUGAGCUGGCAACCGUCAGCAACGAGGAGUGGGAAGGCAUCCCGGAAGCUCAAGAGCACUUGAAGGUCAAGCAGAGGAAGUCCUCCAACUUCACGCCUACGCCUGAUGCCUUGCUUGCCGGCAUGGCCAGCGGCCGUGGUGUCAGUGGCUCGGCCACGCCCAUGGGAGGUUCGGCAACACCCAUGGGAGGCAACGGGGCUAUGCAGCUGCAGAUGGGCAGUGGAUAUUGGGGCAGCAGCGUGCUUCGGAACACCCAUGGGCAUGAGAACGCCCAUGGGAGGCCGGCUGCACCGCAAGAUCCGCCCGGGUUCGGAUGUGCUUCUCUCAUCCAAAAGGAGAAGUCGUAG